AGACCUGAGUCCUGGUUCGGAGUUUCGGACUCAUGAAAAGUGGGCUUCUGCUGCUCUUCAGACUCGCAGGAAGGACUUUCAGACUCGUUAUUGUCGUUCUGGCCCAAACAUAAAAAGAAAAACUGUGCAGUUGUGCUGACUGGAGUUAAGCCAUGGAGGAUGGGAAGCCAGUGUGGGCACCCCACCCCACCGACGGGUUCCAACUGGGGAUGAUUGUCGACAUUGGAGCUGACGCACUGACCAUAGAGCCACUGAGCCAAAAGGGCAAGACCUUUCUAGCUCCAAUGAACCAAGUUUUCCCAGCAGAGGAUGAUGUCAACAAACAUGUAGAUGACAACUGUUCCCUCAUGUAUUUGAAUGAAGCCACUCUUCUGAACAAUGUCAGAGUACGGUACAAUAAAGACCACAUCUAUACCUAUGUGGCUAAUAUCUUGAUAGCUGUGAACCCUUACUACGACAUUCCCAAACUGUACGGCCCUGAUGCCAUCAAAUCCUACCACGGAAAGUCACUGGGUACUUUGCCACCUCACGUCUAUGCUGUAGCUGACAAAGCCUACAGGGACAUGAAGGUGCUAAAGAUGAGCCAGUCCAUCAUAGUCUCUGGAGAAUCUGGUGCUGGAAAGACUGAAAACACCAAGUUUGUCCUCAGAUACCUCACCACUUCAUAUGGAACAGGUCAAGACAUUGACGAGAGAAUUGUAGAAGCAAAUCCCCUACUUGAAGCCUUUGGGAACGCAAAGACAGUUCGGAAUAAUAACAGUAGUCGCUUUGGGAAGUUUGUAGAAAUCCACUUCAAUGAGAAGAAUGCGGUUGUUGGCGGAUUUGUCUCCCAUUACCUGUUGGAGAAGUCCAGGAUUUGCAUGCAAAGCAACGAUGAAAGGAACUACCACAUCUUCUACCGGCUGUGUGCUGGGGCAUCUGAGGACAUCAAGAAAAAACUCCAUCUGGAUUCCCCAGACAGCUUCAGGUACCUGAAUAGAGGAUGUACAAGAUACUUUGCCAGCAAGGAUUCUGACAGACAAAUAAUGCACAACCGCAAGAGUUCAGAGGACCACAAGCAUUUAAAGGUGGGUACUCUGAAGGACCCUCUUCUUGAUGAUCUGGCUGACUUUAACAGGAUGUGUGUGGCUAUGAAGAAGAUUGGUCUGGACGACACAGAGAAACUGGACCUGUUCCGGGUUGUAGCUGGAGUUCUGCACCUCGGCAACAUUGACUUUGAGGAGACAGGGAGCACCUCAGGCGGGUGUGUCCUAAAGAAUCAGUCUGGUCACUCUGUGGAGUACUGCGCUGAUCUACUGGGUCUGGACCAGGAGGAUCUGCGGGUCAGCCUGACUACGAGGGUCAUGCUAACGACAGCAGGGGGCGCCAAAGGAACAGUUAUCAAGGUGCCUCUGAAGGUGGAACAAGCAAACAAUGCUCGUGAUGCCUUGGCAAAGGCAGUGUACAGUCGUCUCUUCGAUCACGUCGUCAAACGUGUGAACCAGUGUUUCCCCUUCAAGACUUCUUCCAGCUUCAUUGGGGUGCUGGAUAUUGCUGGAUUUGAGUAUUUUGAACAUAACAGCUUUGAGCAGUUCUGUAUCAACUACUGCAAUGAGAAGCUGCAGCAGUUCUUCAAUGAGCGUAUUCUCAAAGAGGAGCAAGAGCUUUAUCAAAAGGAGGGAUUGGGAGUGAAUGAGGUGCAUUAUGUUGACAACCAGGACUGCAUAGAUCUAGUUGAAGCAAAGCUGGUGGGAAUCCUGGAUAUUCUGGAUGAAGAAACCCGUCUACCUCAGCCCAGUGAUCAACACUUUGCAUCAGCGGUUCACAACAAACAUAAAGACCACUUCAGACUGACGGUGCCCAGAAAGUCUAAGCUGACCGUUCACAGGAAUCUCCGUGACGACGAAGGUUUUAUUAUUCGGCACUUUGCUGGAGCAGUUUGCUAUGAAACGACUCGAUUUGUGGAGAAGAAUAACGAUGCCCUCCACAUGUCCUUGGAAAGCCUCGUGUGCGAAUCAAAAGACAAGUUUGUUCGAGAGCUGUUUGAAAACUCCAACCUCACCAAGGACUCCAAGCAUAAGGCGGGCAAACUCGGCUUCAUCAGUGUGGGCGACAAGUUCAAGACCCAGCUGAAUCUCCUUUUGGAAAAGCUCCGCAGCACUGGUUCAAGUUUUAUCCGCUGUGUAAAGCCCAAUUUGAAAAUGGUCAGUCACCAGUUUGAAGGAGCUCUGAUUCUCUCACAGUUGCAGUGCUCAGGAAUGGUGUCCGUGUUGGACCUUAUGCAGGGUGGUUUCCCUUCCAGAGCUCCCUUCCACGAGCUCUACAACAUGUACAAACAGUAUAUGCCUGAUAAACUUACACGACUGAAUCCGCGACUCUUUUGCAAGGCUUUGUUCAAAGCCCUGGGCUUGAAUGACACUGAUUUUAAGUUUGGACUGACGAAAGUGUUCUUCCGUCCUGGAAAGUUUGCCGAGUUCGACCAGAUCAUGAAGUCUGACCCAGACCACCUUGCAGAGUUGCUGCAGAAGGUUAACAAGUGGUUGUUGUGCAAUUGCUGGAAGAAGAUCCAGUGGUGCAGCCUGUCUGUCAUCAAACUGAGGUACAAGAUGAGUUACAGAGCUUUGGCUUGCAUUCAGAUCCAGAAGACCGUCCGUAUGUGGUUGUGUAAAAAGAAGCAUAAGCCCCGCAUUGAUGGCAUGGUGAAGGUACGAAACCUGAAAAAACACAUGGAACGGUUCAAUGAGGUGGUGAACGGGCUUAAAGAGGGUAAACAGGAGAUGGCUAAGCAGGUGCAGGAGCUCGCCACCUCCAUUGACUCUCUGUUAGCCAAGAUAAAGACCACAGUGAUGACCCGGAAGGAGAUUGACACAGAGUACCAGAGGCUGGUGAACCGCUCGGAGCAGCUGCUCUCCUCAAUGCAAAAGAAGAAGCAGGAGGAGGAAGAGAGUGAGAGGUUGAAGCAUAUUGAGGAAGAGAUGGAGAAAGAAAGGAAGAGGAGGGAGAAGGAAGAACAGCGACGCAAACAGGAAGAAGAGGAUAGGAGACUGAAAGCAGAAAUGGAGCUGAAGCGGAAGCAGGAGGAAGAAGAUAGAAAAAAGAGAGAGGAAGAAGACAAGAUGAUGCAGGCUGAGUUGGAAAUCCAGCUGGCUCUGGAGCGUGAAGAACAGGUCCAACAUGCUGCUAUGUUGGAGCAAGAGAGACGAGACAGGGAACUUGCCAUGAGAAUCGCCCAGAGUGAGGCAGAGCUGAUCACAGAGGAGGCUCAGAUGGAUGCAAGCCUCCGACGUGAUGAGUCUUUCACAGAUCUUCCUCUCUCCUCAUCCACAGCCAGAGCCAUGGGUGCUCAGGUGCAGGCCACAAUGGCUGCCGCCGGAGUGAAGAAGUACGACCUCAGCAAGUGGAAGUACGCCGAGCUGCGAGAUGUUAUCAACACUUCCUGUGACAUUGAGCUGCUGGCGGCCUGCAGAGAAGAGUUCCACCGUCGCCUGAAAGUCUACCACGCUUGGAAGUCCAAGAACAAGAAGCGCAACGAUGAUGGAAGUGAUCUGAGGGCACCUAAAUCUAUCACUGACUAUGCUGAGCAGAAUCCAGCUCCUCCAAUGACGGGCCAACAUCAGGAGGUUGCCAUGAACCGCCAGCAGCGCUAUUUCCGCAUUCCCUUCAUCCGGCCGGCUGACCAAUACAAAGACCCCCAGAAUAAGAAGAAGGGCUGGUGGUAUGCGCACUUUGACGGGCCCUGGAUUGCCAGACAGAUGGAGCUCCACCCGGACAAACGGCCCAUCGUUCUGGUUGCUGGGAAAGACGACAUGGAGAUGUGCGAGCUGAGUCUGGAGGAGACGGGUUUGACCAGGAAGAGGGGUGCCGAGAUCCUGCCCAGGCAGUUUGAGGAAAUCUGGGAGCGCUGCGACGGGAUUCAGUACCUCAAGAAAGCCGUUGAGAACAAGCAGGCCCGGCCCACUUAUGCUACCGCCAUGCUUCAGAGUCUCCUCAAGUGACCCACCCGCGCACAACCGGCCACUUCAUCCAUGUUCCAGGGCUGCGCAGUGCCCCGGUGGAUUGUGGGUCAUAUACAACCGUGCU